AAACCAAACCUAAACAAACCAAACCAAACCAACUCACCCACCCGUUGGCUUUCCACUCCUCUCCCCCUUUUGCAGUCGGACAGCGAUGCUCCGGGAUCAGCGGGCGGCAACGAUAACAGCGGGUCUGUUAGCCUGGGCCACAACGAGACCAAGGUGAUCGUGACGACCGCCAGCGGCGAGCAGAAGCUGCUCAAGGCGACGCCGGGCCAGGCCCAGCAGCUGUACAACCAAUUCCCCUACCUGGCCACCUUCCCCAACACCACGAGCAGCGGCGGCGGCAGCGGCGCCACCAAUGUGGGCCAGGUGGGCGUGGUGACGGCGGGGACGACCACGGGUGCGGGUGGCACCACCACCACCGCCUACUAUCCGAUGUACCACAAUGGCUUCCAGAUCGGCAUCGGACCGAAUCCGGUGCCUCCUCCGUUCACACCGGUUCACUUUGCGAACGCAAGUGGCGGCAACAGUCCCACUGGCGGCGGCCAGUACAACAUCCUGGCCACAAAUCCCACACUCACGGUGACCGGAUUGGGACAGCAGGAGCAGCAGCAGCAACAGCAACAACAGCAACAGCAGCAGCAGCAACAGCCAGCAGCGCAGCCACACAUUGUGCCCACCACUGUGGGGCGGGGCAGGCCGCGAAAGAAUCCGCUGCCCAGCGAGGAGCAGCUGAAAGUCAACAGUCUGCUGGAGCAGGAGCUAAAUCAGAUGCUAGCCGCGCCGCAGCUGGCCAGCAGUACUCCGCGUCGCGGCCGUCCACUGUCGCAGGCAUCGCAGCAGCAGCACCAGGAACUCAGCCAGAUUCAUGUACAUUCCACGGCCGAUGGCGAUAGUCGAACGCCGGUGGCGACAACGCCGCGACGCAGCGGUGCGAACAAAUACGAGACGGAGGAGGAGAAGCGGCUGCGGCUGGACAAGAUGGCCGCCCACCAGCGGGCGGUGCGGGCCAACGAGACGCCCGAGCAGCGGGCCACGCGCCUCCAGAAGCUGAGCGAACGGGCGCGUCUGAAGCGGGCGCAGAUCCGGGCCACCGAGAAUACGGACGAGCGCAAGGAGCGCCUGUCCAAGCAGGCGGAGUACGCGCGAAUGCGACGCAUGCGCAGCCAUACGCCGCGCAGCAGCAGUGCCACCAGCACCGAGUUCCGCACCAAAACCGAGGAGGAGGACGACGAUGAGGAUGAGGACACCAGCGCGGAGCAGCAGCUGUAUGAGAGUGAAGCGGUUUCGGUCACCGGCACGGGCAGCGAUGGCGGCUUUGUGACCGUGGUCAAGGCCGAUGAGGAAGACUCGCCAUUGGACGGCGGCGGCGGCGGCGGUGGCGGUGGCAUCGGCGAUGGCUCCAAUGAUCACGAGCAGCUGCCGCCGUUGCAGCUGCAGCAGCACGAACUGCAACAGAUUGCCGGCAGCCUACAGCAGCAGCAACAGCUGGUGCAGCAUCCGCAUCACGAGGCGAUUGUGUUGAACCAACAGCACCGCCUGGUCACCAUCAGUCAGCACCAGCAGCAGCAGCUCCACCAGCAGCAGCAGCAGCAGCAACAACAGCAGCAGCAAUCACAUCCCGGCUUCAGCAAAUUGCAAGUGGUCAAGGAUUACGGCAGUGGAGCGGGCGGCGGAGGAGCUCCGGGUUCGGGCGGCGGCAAUGGAACCGGAGCACCCGAGAACAAUGACAUGCUAAAGAUACUCGAGCCAAUCAUCGUGAUGAAGACCAAAUGAGGAUCGCGGAGGCGUCACAGUCGCAACACCAAUCGCUAGAGGGGAUGUGUGGAUAGCCAGGCCCCCGCAAUCCCGCCAUUAAAAAACCAAGAGCAUCAGGCGUUGGACGCACAAUAGAAUGAGAGAUCUGCGAAGAGAGUAGUAGGGAUUGUCUAUAGUUAUCAAUAAGAGUUUUUUUUAAAUAUGUUUUUUUUAAAAUGUGAGUCGAUGUAUUUGACAAAGAGCGAUGUUGUAAAAAGUGAGUUAAUGAGAGCAAGCGGAGAUCAAGGAUCAAGUGCAAUAACAUUAACGGAUGCCUGGCAGCCACGAAACCCCAACUGAGCAAACAAAAAUUACACUGUGACGCCCCGAAAACCACUGAAAAACGAGGAAAUAUGCAGCUAAAAACUACGAGCGUGGGACGAGAUCAACUAAACCUAAUCCAGAAUAUGUAGCGCGUAACGAGAGCACUAAGUAGUUGUAUGUAUUAACUAUUAAUUUUUUAAAUUAGCAAAAAAAAAGUGAAAAUAACAAAUAAAUCUAAUAAGAUCAAAAUGGAA